AUGGCUUACGGAUCACUAGCGGAGGCAGAGGCCAAGGAAAGCGCCGAUGACAUGCAGGCCGAGGAGGCAGCAACCGCGGAAGACAACGGCAACGACGGCAACGACGGCACGGACACUGCCACCGAAGCGAUGGCAAUUUCGGAUGGCCCAAGCCGUCGGAUUUACCAGAAUUCCAACGCCACAGCCACGGUCUUGGAGUCAGACGCAGCCAGCAGUGCAGCUACCAAGGCAAAUUCGUCGCAGACGGCUCUCCAUUCUGUGGAAGAUUCGAGCGGCAGCGCUGGUGAGCAAGGACUUGCAGAGGCUGCAGAUGCACAGAGUGUGGCCGAGUUGAGCGCUGAGAACACAGAGGGCCUGGAAGAAGGCUCUGAUGAGGCGGAGUCUGAGGAGUUGAAUCGAGGUGCGGCGCAGGCAUGCAUCGGCACCAUGAUCGAGAAGUGCCCCUCUGACAAGACCGACGCCUGUAAGACAAAGGAUGCCGGCACCUGUGUCAACGUCUUCCACAAGUGCAAAGACGACCGGAUGGUCCAGUGCGUGGCUUGUACUACCUUCGACCCCAACGACCCUGAAGGUUUGGCCAUGCUGGAGUGCCUGGACUUGGAUGGGGACCAAGCUUAG